GUCUUCCAAUCAGAUUGUUCUCUCGGUCAUUUAAUGAAUUGCAGUUUGUGCGAUGUAGAGGUGUCUUUUGCUCAUCAAACAGUAAAGUCGGUCUGUGUACAAGAAAUCGUUCAGCUUUACCGUUAUGGAGACCCCACAAAACUCUUUAAACAUCACCUUUCAGGACGAUAAAGAAAUACAGGAUUUGUCAAAACAACUCAAGGAUGCCAAAACUGAACUACAGCUUACUAAAGACGAGGUGGAGCAAGUAAACAAAGUUGUUAACAAAUGCAGAGAGGAGAUGGACCGGAGGAUGAUGAUGAUGGUCCAGAUGGAUGAAGGCCUGUGGAAUGCAUUGCUUGAACUGGACACUCUGAUGCAGGAGAAGAAAAGCCUUGCCAACCAGCUAGAAGAAUUAACUUUAUCUAGUACCAUCGAGUCGAAGCAAGCUCUUCUGAGAAGUUUGCAGGAGGAGGAAAGCAGCCUGCUGGAGCAGGAGUGUGAUCUGAAGCUCAAACGUGAGCAGCUGAGGAAAGCACUGGUGAAUGCUUCUGCAAACUCAGAGGAAGUUUCACAGGGUGAGAAUCCAGUUAAACCAGGCUCAUCCAGCCAGAGUAAGUCUACAGAAAAGCCAGUGAGAAAAAGAGGAACACGGAAGUAAUCACAACAUCAAAAAAUGCUACUUUUUUAAUAUAUAUAUAUAUAUAUAUUUAGUACAACUAAGCUGCAAUAAACGUGGAAAAU